CGUAAAGCGAAGCGCCCGGGAUGCGCGUCCCCGUGCGGCAUCGCGCCCUGCGGAAGAAGAUCCACUCAGCUCAGGUGAAGAUCGAUGGGCAGGAGCUACCUCUGCACUUGGCGCAGAAGGAGCAGCCUUGGCAUCGCCUACAUGAAGAUCCAACUCUAGCCAGCAGCAGAAGACACUACUUACACUUUGAGUCACAGGCUCCAAAAGACAGUCUGGAUUUACACCUGAAGGCUACCUAUGAUCACCACCAAGAUUUCCUGUGGAGCAAGAACCAGACGCUGUAUCAGAAAGAGACCUUCACUGAUGACCAUGGGAGGAGUCCAAAGAACCAAGUGAAGGAACAGCCACGUGGCCAUGGCACUGAGCGUGCAAAGCUGCGCGUGUGGAUUGACCCCCAGAAGUCGUCCAUUUAUAGCGUUAAAGGACCCAUUGGGUAUUGGGACUUACUCUCCGUGACAGGAGAGCCACCACAUUGCCACCACCAACAGAGGCUACUCCCGCAAGCAGGACGGCGGAUUCUUCUGUGCCUGACCUGGCGCCGCGGUGCCCCUCAAUUCUGCAUUAAUGAACUCUGUACGAGCUGACCGCAACAAUGCCAUCGGCACACACUUCU